UGUGGCGGCGCAGUCUCACCGAGUGUCACCGAGUCGAGCUGAGCGGAAGAAGAGCAGCAUGAACCGGGCGGGCAGCACCGGGCAGCACCGGGCAGCGGACCGGAGUCUGUUCAGCCACUGAACCGAGCGUCGGGGCGUCAUGAGCGGACCUGCUGUGUCUCUGAACCCGCGGCAGUGAGUGUGUGAGCGGGCGAACCUGCUGCUAGCUGCCGCUGUUAGCAUUAGCACCGCUGCUCCGUGAGUCUGAAGUUCGAGGAGGAACCAGAGGAACCCAGAGGGAACCAGGAGGAACCAUGGAGAACAAGGUGCAGAUGAGGAAUCACCCCCGGAGGCAGCUGAAGAAGCUGAGCGAGGACAGUCUCACCAAGCAGCCGGAGGAAGUGUUCGAUGUGCUGGAGAAGCUGGGUGAAGGGUCCUACGGCUGCGUGUUCAAAGCCAACUACAAAGAGACGGGGGAGAUCGUGGCCAUCAAGCAGGUUCCUGUGGAGUCGGAUCUUCAGGAGAUAAUCAAGGAAAUAUCCAUCAUGCAGCAGUGUAACAGUCCACAUGUAGUGCGUUACUAUGGCAGCUACUUCAAGAACAGUGACCUGUGGAUCGUCAUGGAGUACUGUGGAGCCGGAUCAGUUUCUGAUAUCAUUAGAAUACGCAACAAGACGAUAACAGAAGAAGAGAUCGCCACCAUCCUGCAGGCGACUCUGAAGGGGCUGGAGUAUCUUCACUUCAUGAGGAAGAUCCACAGAGACAUUAAAGCAGGAAACAUCCUGCUGAACUCGGAGGGCCACGCCAAGCUGGCCGACUUCGGUGUGGCCGGACAACUCACAGACACCAUGGCGAAGAGGAACACGGUCAUCGGCACGCCGUUCUGGAUGGCUCCCGAAGUGAUACAGGAGAUCGGCUACAACUGCGUGGCGGACAUCUGGUCUCUGGGGAUCACCGCGAUAGAGAUGGCCGAGGGGAAGCCGCCCUAUGCUGACAUUCACCCAAUGAGGGCCAUCUUCAUGAUUCCCACAAACCCUCCUCCGACGUUUCGGAACCUGGAUCUGUGGUCGCCGGCAUUUCAAGAGUUUGUUGGACAGUGUUUGGUGAAAAACCCAGAAAACAGGGCGACGGCCACUCAGCUGUUACAGCAUACGUUCAUCAAGACGGCCAAGCCCAGCUCCAUCCUCAGAGCCCUGAUCACAGACGCCAUGGAGAUCAAACUGAAGAAACAGGAGGAGGCGGAGCAGAGAGAACUGGACGCAGAAGACGACGACAAUUCGGACGAGGACGAGGUGGACCAGGGGACGAUGGUGCGGGCGGGGACCGGAGACUCUGGAACCAUCCGGUCCACUGGCUCAUCGGGGGGUUCGCUGGGCGGCACGGCACGCACCAUGAUCGAACACGACGACGGGACCAUGCAGUCCCAGCUGGGAACCAUGGUCAUCAACUCUGAGGAUGAGGAGGACGAAGAUGCUGGUACAAUGAAAAGGAGAGAUGAGACCAUGCAGCCGGCCAAGCCGUCCUUCCUCGAGUACUUUGAGCAGAAGGAGAAAGAGGCCAACAGCCACAACGACGCAGGAGGACGAGGAGACAACAACGCAGACAACCGCAAACUGCCCGGGGAGGGAGAUCUGGAAGUGGUCAAUACCUGGUCGGUGGAGGAGCUCCGGCUCAGACUGGCCUCCCUGGACCCUCAGAUGGAGCAGGAGAUCGAGGAGAUCCGCCAGCGCUACCAGGCCAAGAGGCAGCCCAUCAUGGACGCCAUCGAGGCCAAGAAACGGAGGCAGCAGAACUUCUGAGGAGCCGUCGAGCAAGUCACUGCAGCAACUGGAUGUUUUUCUCUUGGUAACUGGUCGUGAAGCAGGUGGGGGGGGGGUGGUGACCCGACGGGGCGAUCGUUGAACUGAGACUUGAGGACAGGAGAACUUCUGCGUCUGGUUUGAAACCCGGAUCUGGUUCUUCUCCCUUUGAGACGACGGUGGAGAGAUUUAAAUUCAUCGUCCGCUGAUCUGUGAGUUUUCUUCUUGCUCGUCUGAGCUGAUGGUGAAGAUCCCUGAGGAUCUCCAGUGUGCUCGACUUGUGACUGCAGUUUAUCUGAGGUUCGCUUCUUCCUUUCCCCCGUGUCCACCUCCUCUUUGAACAAGGACCUGCUCGACGUCUGGGUUCCUGCUCUGGACUGUGGACGUCUACCAGUGGAUUUUCUGCCUUCACCAUUUUGAAAAACACAAUACUUGAGAAUCCUUGGAUUGUUCCAUCAGACGACUCCCGGCUUGUUUCUGUGUUCGUCAGGUUCAUUGUUCUCAUCUUUAAAACUUUGCUUCUGAAAAACGUAUUUUCUGUAUCAGGUACUUUUUUAGUUUUUUUUGUCUCUUUUGCCUUAAAACAAAAUGUCAUUGUUUGUAUUUUCUGUUUCCACAUGCAGCUGAACUGCUUCACCUUAAUACAGAUUGACUUUCUCUUCGGUUUAUUGAAAUCAUCUCAUCCAUGUUGAGCUCAACGUCCGGAGCGUGUUGAGUUCUUUCCCAUUAUCGGUGCAGCUGAUGGAGAUUAAUAUGUAUUCAUCUCUUCGUGGAUCAAACUGGAUCUCAGUGUUUAUCAACCUGAGAUCAAUCUGAACGGCCUCAAACUGGAAAACCUACAAACUGGAUUUAAAUCACUGGACUGGAACCCGUCCAGUCACCAGUUACAGUUCAUUACAACGUUUAAUGAGUGGAUUGUAACACAGAAUAAUGUAAAUAGACUUUUUAAAAGACAAAAAGAUUCAUAAUAAGUUACUGUUAUUAUUCUCAUACAUUCAUUUUCUGUUCAUACAGUCGUGUGUCCACAGGAGGAGCUAAAGUUCUACUACACAGAUCUACAUAUAAUUACAUUAUAAUUAAAUUUAUUACAUGUUUACACACGACAUGUAUAUUCCAGCAGAUGAUAACAGAUCUGGAUCCAGAUUCGUUGGAGUGGAGACACAGUAUUAAGAUCGAUGCUGCUUCAUUUCAUCCAGAACUCGAUAUUCAGACAUGAAUUUUAAUUUCUCAUCUUUGCAUCACGCUGCAGCCUCGGUUUACUGGACGUUCGUUUAUGCAGCAGAAUGUUGGGAAGCGAAUCAGAUGAUAACUCUUCCAUUUGGGUUUUUGGCUCCAUCAUCUUUCUCCUCUUAAGUAAAAGCUCUGGGCCGACAGAUUUAUGGAACCGAUUCAACAAAGCUUUUAUUUUGUGGGUUUAAUAUUUUUAAUCUGGCGCAGUGGACUCAGUGCUGGCGUCGACCCAGGUCUUCUCACAUUCCUCAGAGCAGCUCAGACGUUUCUCAUCGUCCAGCACAGAACAGAAUAAAGGGAAGCUUUAUAUUUUUGUACGUAGGUUUAGCGGUUACACAGUCAGAGAACAGAUUAGUUUUGAUCACAGACGUGUGAGUCAGAGUAAAAACUUCUCAGGUCACAAACUCCUCAGGGGCGUAAAAUAAUGACGAGAGAUUACUGUAGAUGUUCCAGAGUCGUGUCUGUUAGGACUCGGCUCUGUUUGCAUAUCGUGUGGAGUUUGAGCAGCUGAAGGUUCGAGACACUUCUCAGCAGCUCGUCGCUUUUUAAAUGAAAAAACUCCUCCGCUGGAUUUUCUGUCUUUUGUGGUUUUGUGUUCCGAGCUCCAGCGAAGUAUCCGGGUCAAUCCAAGAGAUUCAGAGAACAGGUCUUAAUAUCAGGAGAGUAAAGUUGAAAAUGAAGAAAGGCAGAUUCAAAUUUGAUGCUAAUAAAGUAAAAAUUGAUAUUACAGGCAUUUGUUUUCUUCCUCGUGGCCUUAAUACUCCGUUGUAACGAGCAAAGAACAGGGGGGGGGGUCCUGCCUAAUCUUGCCAUGUUUUCUGUGCACUGCUGUUUUUGAAGAUCUAAACAUUUAAUUUUAGCUGAAUUUUAAAAAGUUGUUUAUUAGUUUGAUUGUUUAACAUUUGAAGCCCGAGCUGUUUGGUGCUGCCGGUGAACUGUAGUGAGGCAUCAGACAGAAAUGAGUCGUUAUCACUGGAAACAGAAACAGAAGUGAAAACUGUUUUCUGCCUUUUUAAUGUUUUAACUCAAAAACACGCUAUUGUUGUAAAUACACGUCUGAACACAUGUGUUUAUAAAUGUUCAUUUAACAGCUGCAGCAAGAAGAGUUUGAAUCAGUCGAAUGUUUGAUCUGUGCAAAAACGUUUCUUCACUGAGACACAUCUGGAACACAGCUGGUAUUUGGACCUUUUGGUUCAUUAUUUAAAAUAAGCAGUUUGUUGUGUUUCCAGGUGAAGUGUGAAAUGUUCCUGUUCAGAUCCACUUUGAGCUGCAGUCAGGAGUCGGAGGUUCUUUCAGGUUUGUGAUGGAGCUUCUGUUCAGCCUCUUGUUUUGCUCGAUCUCUGUUUCUGAUAUUUCUGAAGUUGAUCUGCCUUAAAGAACGACGCAGUGCAGGUUUGAGUCCACUGAUGUUUGUCUGCUCGGCUAAUAAAGAAAACCUGAGGAAACAUCA